GAAGUGAUCAAUAGGCGACGCGCAUAAACGCGAGUUGCUGCGAGAGCCGACCACGCAGGUGAGCUCCUCUCGUAUUUUCGUCACUUGUCAGCAAAGAGAAAGCAACUCGCACGCAAAUGCAAAACAAACAAAGCAUGUACGGGUCCAGCAGGAUUUAGUUGCACGGACACAGAAGCGCUUUUUCUUUUCUCCAGCUUUCCGUGAGCAGCCACGCGAGAAGGAAAGUGGCGGCUCUCGUCCACCAUGGCAAGCCAGGAACCCGUCAAUCCUUCGCACGCGGCCUUUGACCGCUUCAUCCAAGCGCAGGACUGCAAAGAUGUCCAGCGGCAUUUCAACGAGCUCUGCCAGCAGCUGGACAUCAAUUUGAAGGAUUUCCGGAGUUUCUACAGCAAGCUGAAAGAAAAGCUCAACUACUGGCGGGCCAAAGCCUUGUGGGCUAAGCUGGACAAGAGGGCGGCUCACCCGGACUACCAGCAAAGGAAAGCAUGCACCAAAAACAAGUGUCUGAUCCUGGGCGCCGGGCCAUGUGGGCUGAGGACGGCCAUCGAACUGUCGCUGCUUGGGGCUCAGGUGGUGGUGCUGGAGAAGCGAGAUACUUUCUCCAGGAAUAAUGUUCUCCAUCUGUGGCCCUUCACAAUCUGUGACCUCCGCAACCUCGGCGCCAAGAAGUUCUACGGAAAAUUCUGCACCGGCUCGCUGGAUCACAUCAGUAUUCGUCAGCUGCAGUUAAUUCUUUUAAAAGUGUCGCUUCUCCUUGGGGUGGAGGUUCACACCGGAGUGGAGUACCUGGGUCUGUGUGAGCCCUCAGGAGAGAAAGGUUGGACGGCCAAAGUGCUCCCUGAGACUCAUCCCGCUUCAGCCUUCCAGUUUGAUGUUUUCAUUUCUGCCGGCGGAGGCAGGUUCGUCCCCGAGGGUUUCAAACACAAGGAACUGAGAGGCAAGCUAGCCAUCGGCAUCACGGUCAACUUCAUCAACAGGAACACGACGGCCGAGGCCCAAGUGGCCGAGAUUAGCGGCGUGGCCCGCAUCUACAACCAGAAGUUCUUCCAGGACCUGCUGAACGAGACUGGUAUUGAUUUGGAGAACAUCGUAUAUUACAAAGACGACACCCACUACUUUGUCAUGACUGCCAAAAAGAUGAGCUUGCUGAAGAAAGGCGUCAUCAAGCAGGACUUCAACGAAGCAGAGGAUUUGCUGGCGCCGGCCAACAUUGAUCAAGAGGCGUUGUGCCGCUACGCCCACGCCGCCGCCUACUUCUCCACGGGCGGCCGACUGCCCGAGCUGCAGUUUGCUCAGAACCAUGCCCGCCAGCCGGACGUGGCCGUCUUUGACUUCACGUGCAUGCAACGGGCCGAGAACGCCUCGCUCGUCAGGGAGCGCAGAGGCAGCAGGCUGUUGAUGGGUCUCGUCGGAGAUUGCCUGGUGGAGCCGUUCUGGCCUCUCGGGACGGGCAUCGCUCGGGGAUUUCUGGCAGCUUUUGACACGGCGUGGAUGGUGAGGAGUUGGGGUGCGGGGACGCCUCUUCUCAAGGUCCUCGCUGAGCGAGAAAGCAUCUACCAGGCCCUCUCCCAGACCACACCAGAGAACACCAGCAAAAACUACGCCGCUUACAGCAUCGACCCCAAAACGCGUUAUGUCAGAGUCAACCUCACCUCCAUCCAGACCACCCAGGUGCAGCACCUUUACGUCAUUGAUAAAUCCAAUUCGUCAAGCAAGAAACAGAAUAACAGACUGUCAUACACCCGUCAAGAUUCUUUCAGUGGGUUUGACGAGUUGUUAAAAUGGUGCCAGAAGAACACUGUAGGUUACAGAGAUGUGGAUGUGAAAGACUUUACCAACUCGUGGAGGUCCGGGCUGGCUUUGUGCGCUUUGAUCCACCACUUCCGUCCUCAGCUGAUUGAUAUGAGGUCCUUGAAAGCGUCUGCUGGCAUUCACAAUCACCAAGUGGCCUUCGACAUCUUGGAGAAGGAGUUCGGCAUCCCGCCUGUCGUGUCGCCCGCUGACUUUGCCAACGACGGGCAAAUAGACAGACUGUCCUUGGUCCUCUACCUCACGCAGAUCAAAAAUGCCUUCACUGUUCUCUCACCAGCUCCAGAGCCCAAAGGCUUCUUGACGUCGUCCAAGCCUUUGACACUCUCCCAGACGCACUCGGCUGUCUUCUUCCUCAGCAAGCUUAAGCAUAACUCUCUGCAAAGACGCAAGGAGAAACUGGCAGCCGAGAAGGAACAAACAAAAGAAAACAAUACAAAGAUGGGAGAGGAGGACUGUGCAACUUCGAGGACACUUCAGAUCCGUCACUCCACAUCCCAGGCGGCACCCCUGAGCUCCCCUGAUCUCAGUCCGCCUCCAGCACUUGUUGAGCCUGAGCCCGCUUGCAUGUCGCAGGCCAACAGCGAGGCGUGCUACUUCUGCAGCGGCCGGGUCUACGUGCUGGAGCGCAUCAGUGCAGAGGGCAAGUUCUUCCAUCGUGGCUGCUUCACAUGCCACCAAUGCGGCGUCACGCUGCGACUCGGAGACUACGCCUUCCAUCAGGACACAGGGAGAUUUUACUGCGAGCUUCACGCUGAAGAGCUGGAAGACCCAGCAGGAAUGUUGUCUCGUAAGGACAGUAUAGGAAAUGAACAAAACAGCCUUUCCAGCGACGGUUGCACGCCAUCCCCAUCUGAUGACGAUGACGAGCCCACGCUAAGAUCGCUACCUUCUGUCGAAGAAGAAACCACAAACGAUGCCGAGCGGCGAGUUGAUCAGACAGACAGACACCCCCCUCUCCCCAAGCCCCGUCUCUCUCGGCAGACCAGCCCCCAGCCCUCUCCUCCCGUGGUGAAGCCUCGCACGAUGCAUCUUUUAAUUCCCGCAAGUCCGGAAAACAUUCCACCUCCGAAAGCCGUGCGAGAGACACCCGAGGUCGCUCUCGACUCGCGGCCCAAGCAGUCGCUCCGCAAACUUAAGUUGAGCGAUGAGGAGAAGGAUCAGCUGGUCAACCUCCUGACCUUCACCGCCGACUCGGACUCAGAGACCCCCGGUGGCUCUUCGUCCGGCUCCUCGUCCUCGGCGACGGCGCGAGGCACAAGUCCUCCCAAGGCGGAGGACGGACCAGAGGAGGAGGGCUACUGGAGCGGCAGUACGGCCAGUCACAUUCGCGAAAAGAGGAACAGACGCUGCUUCCGGAGGAAAGAGAUGCCCGCCGGGCAACCCAAAGUACGAUCCAAGUUCUCCCCCUGGAAUCUUUCCUCGCCCAGGAUCGGCAGAGACACGCGACUCAGCGUUCAUCAGCCUGGGAAAGUGGAAACAACCUUUAGACACAUUCACGGGGACUCCGAAGAAGGCGUUGACGGAGAUGAGGAUGAGGAUGAGGACGAUGACGAUGAUCUGUUGGACCAGGACAUCGACUCAUUGGACGAGAAGUUUCAGAUGUUACCGGCCAACCCGGUGGAGGCGGAGAAGUUGGAAGUGAUGAAGAUGAGGACGCUGGAGCGGCGAGCCAAGAUGAGCGAGUUACAACGACUCCGACAAGCACAGUCAAUCCAGAGAAGGCUGGAAGAGAUCGAGGUGACCUUCCGGGAUUUGGAGGAGAAGGGCGUGGCGCUUGAGCAAAGUAUAAGAGGAGAACCCCAGAUCGAUAGUUCCCCCGUCAUGAUCGAGCAUUGGAUCCAGCUGGUCCAUGAGAAGAACGCCUUGGUCUCAGAGGAGUCUGACCUCAUGGUGGCAUCGCGACAACUGGAGCUUGAAGACAAACAGAGCAUGCUGGAAUUGGAGCUCAGGAAAUACAUGGACAUGAGCGACAAGACAGCCGAGCAGCAGGCGGAGGAGGAUCGCGUCCUGCAGCAGAUGAUCGAGGUGGUGGACAUGCGAGACUCGCUGGUGUCCUUCCUGGAGGAAAAAAGGCUGAAGGAAAUCCAAGAGGAGCAGGGGGUUCUCUCCGUCAUGGAGGCCAAACGCCAUUCCAAGACGGGAGCUCAGGUUCACUGGCAGUAACAAAAAGAAGAAGAAGAAGGAAAAAAAACUCUUUGGGCGUGCUCACACUUGAAACACAAAUGCUGCAAAGCCAAAGAUUUCACACUGACGAGCUGAACGAAGCAGCUUCCAUCCAUGGGGAGACAUCAGCUGGGAGAUGAUGAUGAUGCACAAACGGCGGAUAAUCAUCGCCCAGCGAGGGACCUGUCCUGGAUUUGUCUGGUAAACAGGCUGUCUCGACAAAGCAGCAUGAAAUGACAGCCUUGCAGAUGAAAGAUGUUGAGCCGGAUGGAGGCUUUGAAAAGGUUCACAUUGCGUUUGCUUCUUGUUCACUCAUUGAGUCAGAAAUUAUCCACACGCUCUCUUUGGUACUUCUCAAUCUAGUCAAUAAAGCUUAUGGUACGGUGAACCUC